GCUUGCCCGCUCGCGCGCCUGCGUAACGUUGCCAAGCAUUACGUCCCAACUACUGUUUAGCGUCGCCUAGCAACCAAGGCUUCUAGUUUGUGAGUGAGCUGUUUUAGCGUCUGCAGUCAAACAGGGCUACGAGUCGGCUUUAUGUGCGUGGAGGCAAAACAUGAGAAGUAGGGAACACGGUGCGGCAUUCAACGAUUACAGGUCGGGGCAAGCGAACAUCGUACUACAGAGAGCGCACGAGUUGCCGUGGAGACCGAGCACGUAUAGGUACGGUGGCGACGCCACGCGACGGAGAUUAGAGGAGCAGAAAUACCAGCAGGUUAGACUGGCUCCACGUGUCAGCUCAUCGUCGAGUCUCAAGCUACAGCCUCUGCUGAUGAACACUCGCCAGGUGAUGCUUGCUCGCUCCACGCCGGCAGAGUGGCUUAACGCCAGUCUGAGCAUCGCUGCGCAGGCCGUCGGGCAUGCGAACAGCGCGCAGAAGUUGCGUUUCGAAACGAUGGUGACGCGAGAUCAACGUUUUGUCCGACUUCAGGAGAAGGAAGUUAAUCUAGCAAAAGAAUGCAAGGAGAAGAUGACUAUUGCAUUGGACCGGAUAGAUGCACAAAUGAGGUUGAACAGAGAUUCGCUGCAGUCGCUAGAGUUCGACACGACAGACAAGCAGAUGGCGCUGUCGCUAGACGAGCUCAGCUACAAGCUGAGCAACACGUCACGUGGCAUCUGCUUCCAUCCUGGAGUCGAGCAGACGAGAACGGACUCGGACCCACAGACGUGGAUGCAGCACAGUGACUCGAACAUCCAGCACUCGCAGGCAGAGCGCACCAAGUCUGCGCAGCUGCGCAAAGAUCUAGAGGCGAUGUGGACAAUGUGCAUCAACGACAUGUGGAGUCAGUUCAACAAGGUGAACACCAGCAUCAGUGAGAGACAACGAGAGUACGAGGACGCGAGGUCACGCACUCAGCACAACCUGUCAAGGGUCAUGACGGAGAUGUUUGACAUGGAGAAGAACAUAGAUCUGCUGAGCAAAUCCAUCCGCGACCUACAGGCUCCUCUCCAAGUGGCACAAACGCGGCUGCACACGCGCGCAGCGCGCCCUAACGUCGAACUGUGUCACGACCCGCCACACCAAAGAUUGGUGUACGAGAUAGCGGAGAUACAGGCAACGGUGCGAGAGCUGGGGAACAAGCUACAGGACGCAGAGGCAGCCUAUCAACGGCUGCAGGAGAUGAAGGAUUGUCUACAGCGGGAUCUCGAGGUGAAAAAUAACAGCGUAUUUGUUGAUCGUGAGAAAUGCCUGGGAAUCCGUAAAGCCUUCCCGAUAUGUCACGCGCGGCUUGUCGCCUACUGAAGAUCAAGGGCAGGAUUGCAACGACGAGAGACAAAGCCUUGAUGUGCCACGAUAAUUAAUAAAUAUGCAAAGAGCACAUGUUUGAGUUACCGCACCUGCAAUCCCACAAUACACGGGAACGAAUUGCAGGGUUUAGAACGCGCAAUAACGACGUAGCAGUUAACGAAUAGCGUGUAAGACGCAAUAAGUCAACAUAUGUAAAUCCGUGUAGUGAGAUUGCUUUAUCUUUAGAUUGAGAAAUAUGAAUGAACCAAAAGUUGGCAGCA